CCCGCAUGCACAUACUGCAGCGCGUUCCCGAGACCUAUCCCGAGCAACUUCCACUGCAGCGGCCAGUGGGGGAAGUUUGGAAAAGAAAGUUCAGACUUCGUGAAGUUGCGAAGCUGCUAAACGUAAAACGGAGACAGGCCGAAGCCAGGAAGCCACCAUGGACGACUUGGACGCGUUACUGGCGGACCUGGAAUCGACUACAUCCCACAUCUCAAAGCGACCCGUGUUCUUGUCUGAGGAGACGCCCUACUCCAUCCCCACCGGAGGACACUCCUACCAGGAUGUGUCGGCCCCACCUCCAGUUCCUCCUCCACCCUCGGUCGAGGCCCUGAACGGGUCCCUGACAGAUCAGCCGGACUCCCACCACUCCUCUCUGCAGUCGCUGGGCUCCGGCCAGAAGAGCUCGUGGUCCAGGGACAGUAGCAGCUCCCCUUUGUCUCACAUCGAAGAGGACCACGUCUACAGUUUUCCAAACAAACAGAAGUCUGUAGACGCGUCAACAGCGGCCAUGACCUCUGCCAUGGGCAGUAACCUCUCGGAGCUUGACAGGCUGCUGCUGGAACUCAACACAGUGCAACAGAGCUCCCCUUCGUUCCCCACUACAGAGGAGGCAGCUCCGCCUUUACCGUCCUGCAGCAUCACCCACUACGAGAACGGCAGCUCCUGUGACAUCAUGGGGAGCCCCCCCCCGCUGGAGAAACCCAAGAGGAACGGAACGAGGCUGGAAGAGGCCCGACCCACCGUGGAGAGUUUGCUGACAGAACUGGAGGGUCCAGUGCCUUCACCCAGCUCCUCUUUGGACUCCCCGUCUCAGCAGCAAGCAAGAAUGUCAGCCUCCUGCGCCACACGAGAGCUAGACGAGCUGAUGGCUUCUUUGUCUGACUUCAAGCCCAGUUCUUUGGGCUGUCCGCUGGACCCAGCAGGAGCACCUUCCAGCUUUCCUCAUCCUCCAGCCUCUUCCUCCGUCACCCCCGUGGCUUCUCGUUUCCGUAGUCUGUCCCAUGCGUCUGCCUGUGCCUCUCCUCUGUUCUCUUUUCCUGCCGGUCUAGAGCUGCACAUAGACGAGGGGGGAGGAGACGGCGGCAUGUCGGCGCCCCACCCGAACCGUCUCUGUCCUCACAGUCCUAUAUCCUCACUGUCUGCAGCCAGUGACCUCGACCUGGACUCUGUCAUAGAUGUGUCUGCCACCGUGCUGUCGUCCCAAACCAAGUCUCUGCUUGUCCUCUCGCGAGCCACUUCCAUUAACUCCAACCUUAUGAGAAAUAGCCCAAGUCCUUCCAAUACCACCACCACCCCCUCGUUAACCUCAGUUAACACUGUCCUGGACCAAAAGUCCUCCAAGUCCUCUAGUCCGUCCAUGGAGCCGGUCUCGCCCUCGACUACUGUCAGUAAAUUCCCUUGUGAUCCCGAGACUAUAAGCAAGGGAUCUCCUUCUUUUCAUGACCUUGUUUUAAAUUUCUCUUCUCCGCCUCCUUUUACAAACCUCUCCCCACCUCUCUCAGCUCCAAAAACUCCUUCCCCCAUCCCUGCUGCUGUCGCUAUCUCCCCACAUUCUGUUUCCUCAAAAACAUCCUCGCCAUCUCCAGUCUCUCCAGUGGUGGUCCCCUCUCCACUGGCCUUCACGAGCACCAGCAGACAGCUGUCGGCGUCGGCGCCCGCCCCUCAAAGAGCCAGCCUCUUCUCCGUGCAGCAGGCGCCCCUGAUGGAGCCCUCCUUGGACGAGGAGCUAGACAAACUGCUGGCCAUGGGUUUUGCACAGAACCACUCAGCUGCACGUGUGGAUGACCCACAGCUGAAGAUGGAGGCACAGUGUUUUGGCAGGGGGAUGCAGGAGAUUCACGAGGAGCUCAUCCUGCCUAUGGACAGAUACAACGUGCAGCCUGACGCUUUCACCAGCGCCACCAACACCAUCACAGACGACUCAGUGGACGAAGGGACCGAUGGGAACGGGGAUCUGGACUGGGCCGACGAGGAGCUGUCCAUGUCCUUCCACGAUGGACUGGAUGGCACAAUGACGCCUUACACCGAGAGGCCGUACACAGAUGGCAGCAUGACCCCGCUGACGGAGGCCAGCUGGAUGGAUGAGUCCAUGACCCCGUCUUCGUGCCCCGGGACCCCUGACGUGGCCCUGGAUCUGCCCCUGCUGCAGACUCCCAAUAUGGACCGAGUCUCUGCGUCCGGACAUAUUAUGGCCCAAGGGAAGGGCGGCGUUUCAGGUGGUGCUCCGACACAGGUCAACAAGCUGGACAACAUGCUCGGUAGCCUGCAGUCGGACCUCAACAAACUGGGUGUCCAGACUGUGGCGAAAGGAGUUUGUGGGGCUUGUUGUAAGCCAAUUGUGGGACAGGUGGUGACGGCCAUGGGCCGCACUUGGCACCCUGAGCACUUUGUGUGCACCCACUGUCAGGAGGAGAUCGGCUCCAGGAACUUCUUUGAGCGUGAAGGACAACCGUACUGUGAGACUGACUACCACCACCUGUUCUCCCCGCGGUGCUACUACUGCAACGGGCCCAUACUGGAUAAAGUGGUGACGGCGCUGGAUAGGACGUGGCACCCUGAACACUUCUUCUGCGCUCAGUGUGGAUCCUUCUUUGGCCCAGAGGGCUUUCACGAGAAGGAUGGAAAGGCUUUUUGCAGGAAGGAUUACUUUGACAUGUUUGCACCAAAGUGUGGCGGCUGUGCCAGAGCCAUUUUGGAGAAUUACAUCUCAGCGCUGAACAGCCUCUGGCAUCCCGAGUGUUUCGUCUGCAGGGAGUGCUUCACCCCGUUUGUCAAUGGAAGUUUCUUUGAGCACGACGGCCAGCCUUACUGUGAAGUGCACUACCACGAGCACCGCGGCUCCCUCUGCUCCGGCUGUCAGAAGCCCAUCACGGGACGCUGUAUCACAGCCAUGGCCAAGAAGUUCCACCCUGAGCACUUUGUCUGUGCCUUCUGCCUGAAGCAACUCAACAAAGGCACCUUCAAAGAACAAAACGACAAACCGUACUGCCACGGCUGCUUCGUCAAGCUGUUCAGUUAGGGAGUUCAGGAGAGCAGCUAUGGAUCAGUGUCUAAAGCAUUUUAGCACAGGUGGGGAGGGAGGUCGAGGUGGG